ACCCUCCGCAGCGGCCAGCGCUUUUGGAGAUGUUAUGAAUUCGGCGGCAAGGGAGAAUCCGAUUGCAUCGGCAUCGGAUACAGAGACGGCAAGUUCUUUUGCUUGUUCGAAAACGGAGAAUUACUGAUUUUCUCGGUCGAGGAGGGCGGCGGCGAGCGCCGUAUGUUGAUACCUGGCUCAAGGCCGCCUCGGCUUUUGGCGAAUCUCCACCGCGUGGACAAUUACCUCUGUGUUGCCGGCUCCGAAAGCGGCCUCCUGAGGGUCAGCUGGGGCAGAAUUGAUGAAAGUAAAGGGAUCUUCUUCCGGUUGCUGACGGUGGAGAAAGUAACGGCGGCGCAAUUUGGGAAUGAUGAAGCGGUCGCUAGGUUAGAGGAAGGGCAGUGCGCGGCGGUG